GUAGGUGCUCGGGGUGGACAUUUUUAAGAGCUUACUGGAGAAGUUGUAAGCCGGGACGGGGCCAGCGCAGCGGCCGCCGCACACCCGGCGGGGGGAGCCGGGGGCUGCGCGUCGCUCCGGCCUCGGCGGCUGAAGAAGUCGCAGAGAAACGUGCCGGAGUGGCCGCAGGCCGGGAAAAGCUCCGGCAACCCCCCGGCAGCACCUGGCAACCGAAACGCGCCUCUGCCCGCAACUGGGGGGGAACAGUUUCGGGAAGCCGCGUCUCCCCCCACGCCGACCCCUGCUCGGCGCCCUCCGGCCCCAGCCCCGCCGCCGCGCCGUCCCCGCCUGCCGCCGCGCCCGGACCAGCCGCGGGGGCGGCCCUGCGAGGCGCUUCUUCCCCCCCAACCCCGGCCGCCGCGGGAGCCGGCAGCCGGUGGCGGGGGAGGAGCGGAGGGAAGCGGAGCCACACGGCACGGCCCCUCGCCGCCAGCCCGGCCGGCUCCGCGGGGAGGCGGCUGCUGGAGGGGGCUGCGGGCGCGCCGGGCGGGGCCGCCCCCGGGGCCUCUCCCGCCGCCCCGCGGCAUGGUCGCGCCCCCCGCCCCGCCGCGCCCCCGCCUGCCGGUCGCUCGCCAGCGCUGCCGGGGACAGCGGGAAGAUGGAUGGGCACGUCCUGGGCUGGAUCGUCCUCCUGUGGCUCGCAGCUGAAGUGGAAGGGCUGCAGGUCACCGUGCCUGAGAAGAAGAAGGUGGCCAUGUUGUUUCAGCCUGCUCUGCUUCGCUGCCAUUUCUCUACUUCUUCCACCCAACCAGCUGUGGUGCAGUGGAGGUUUAAAUCUUACUGCCAGGACCGGAUGGGAGAAGCUUUGGGUAUGGCGACUUCUGGUUUACAAACGAUGAGCAAGAGGAACCUGGACUGGGAUCCCUACCUGGACUGUGUGGACAGCAGGAGGACAGUCCGUGUCGUGGCCUCCAAACAAGGAUCUGCUGUUACUAUAGGGGACUUCUAUAAGGAAAGAGAUGUCAGCAUUGUCCACGAUGCAGACCUUCAGAUUGGGAAGUUGAUGUGGGGAGACAGUGGUCUCUAUUACUGCCUUAUUAUCACACCGGAUGAUGUGGAGGGGAAGAAUGAAGAAUCGGUGGAGCUGCUUGUGCUCGGCAGGACAGGGCUGCUUGCUGAUCUCUUGCCCAGUUUUGCUGUGGAGAUUAUGCCAGAGUGGGUCUUUGUGGGUCUGGUGAUCCUGGGGGCGUUCCUGUUCUUCCUCCUGGUGGGGAUCUGCUGGUGCCAGUGCUGCCCACACAGCUGCUGCUGUUACGUCCGCUGCCCCUGCUGUCCCGAGUCCUGCUGCUGUCCCCGGGCGCUGUAUGUAGCAGGCAAGGCAGCAAAAGCUGGGUACCUUCCUGCAGUCUCCUCCAUGCCAGGUCCAUACUACAUCCCCAGUGUUCCUGUGGCUGGUGUCCCGUCUCCUGCUGUGCUGAUGGAUAAGUCACACCCCCCCCCUUUAGCCCCAAGUGAUGCCAGUGGAGGAAGCCAAAAUGCAGUGCGCAAAGGGUACAGGAUCCAGACUGACAAGGAAAGGGACUCCAUGAAGGUGCUGUACUACGUCGAAAAAGAACUGGCUCAGUUUGACCCAGCUAGGAGGAUGCGAGAACGAUAUAACAACACUAUCUCUGAACUCAGCUCUUUGCAUGAGGACGACUUGAACUUCCGUCAGCCCUACCGCCAGGUGCGAAGGAAACCUCUGCCUCCUGCGGGGGACCUGGAUGGCGAUGCUGAGUACUGGUCAGGAGUGAUCGGUGGGGGCAGCACGUCAAGAUCACAGGCUGUCUCUGAUUACAGGGAUGAGCGGGACAGUUUCCGGCACAGCCAGCAGAGAUCCAAGUCCGAGAUGUUGUCCCGUAAGAGUUUCUCUGUGGGAGUGCCGGCCGUCUCUAUGGAUGAGCUGGCAGCCUUUGCGGAGUCCUACAGCCAGCGGACCCGGCGGGCAGACAGCCAGGAAACUCGGCGUUUUGAGCGGUCAGAGUCACACGGCGGCUGCAUCGGAGGGCUGCCCCACCAGGAUAGCUCCAUGGAGGAGUACUACACUAAGCGUAGCAGAGGGAACCGAGAGCUGCUGACGGACUCGGAUCGGGGCUGGUCAUACAGCCCACCCCGGAGACGGGCCCAUGAGGAGAAGCACCUGCCCAGGCUGGUGAGCCGGGCGCCCGGAGGGAGCCAGAAAUACGAUCACUCCUACCUCAGCAGCGUCUUGGAGAGGAAAUCUCGGAGCUACGAUGAGAGUGGUGACCACAGUGAAACCCCCUCUAAGCUGAGCUCGCAGCCCAGCCAGAGAGGAGGGGGAACAUACUAUGCCUGGUCACCACCCUCUACCUACAAAGCCGAGAAGUCACAGCAGCAGCCGCAGCAGCCACCGCCGCCGCCUGAGCAGGAGGAAGGGGAGGACACCCUGCCCCCGUACAGCGAGAGGGAGCUGAGCCGAGGCCCAUCGUACAGGGCCAGGGAGCAGGCCUACCUCAACGCCUCUGACAAGAAGAGGAAAAAGGACCCCAAGAAAACAAAUGAUUUCCCAACGAGGAUGUCCCUCGUGGUUUGAAGUCGUUGUGGACAUGUCAUGUUGAUGGUCUGGAUGCUGUGAGGUGACUGCAGUGGAAAAGAUGCAGAGCAACAAGCAAGACAGGCCUCCGCGAACCUUCGCAGCUGCCAGCCGUGGACUCUUUGUUUCAAUUGUUUGUUUCAUCGGGGGAGCAGGGGCUUUUGUAAGAGACAGACUCCCAUGAGCAGCUCUGGGAGUCUGCCAGGAAAAUGAGGCCAGGGCUCUCUUUGGCACCCUGCUUUCCAGUGCCCUCCAUUCUGCGCUGGAAGGCAGCCACGUCCCUACUGUCCCUGCAGCCCUGAACUACAAGCGAGGCUGCCUUUGUGCCUCUUGCCCCGUCUGAUGUGCAGAGAGAGGCCCGUGUGCAUACGUACCUCUUGCUCUCUCUGUCUUCUCAGUUCUCUGUUUGGAUUAAAGAUUGUCUCCAUACUUAUAUUUAGAGCCUUUUCUGUAUCAUCCCUAUGCUGGGAGGAGGCCUCGUUCUUCCAGUUGCAGACUGCCUCCAGCUGAUCGGGCCCUAAAUCGCGAAAGAAAAUCUACAUCCUUUCAGACACUGUAGAAAUGGACUGAUGAGGUGUUACUUUGGCAAGGGCUGAGCAGAGAGAGAGAGAGGGAGACAGUUAUGGACUGGUUUGUCCAAUAUAUUUAGUUCUGUUCAUUGUGUGAUGAGAGUUGCAGGUGAGAUAGAUGUAUUGUUUUGAAAGUGGAUCAAAGUAGCUUUUAUUGUGAUGAGAGCAUGAUGUGUUUUUUCCCCCAUCCCCCAACUGUGAUUUGUUUUGAUACAGUUGCAUUUUCUUGCAGCUGAGCUGUGACCUUGUAGAGCUUCACACUGGAAUAUCUACUCCACCAUAUCAUAAGCAGUGCUCCAGCCUUGCUGGCGCUCUGCUUCCAGCACCACCAGACAUCUCUGCCUAGUGAGUGGCCUUUCUGUUUCAAAGAAGCAAAAAGGGGAAAAAGCCUCAGUGACAGGGCAGCUGCAGAUCUUCAUUCUGUGCGACUGGUAGUACUCCUUUCUGGUCAUUGUUUCCAGACGUUGAAGAAGCGGUAACAGCAAUGGAAAAAGAAUUAACACUGUGGAUGAACACAAGCUUUGAAAGUCACCUUUUUCAGUUACAGCCAUUUCGUUCACUUCAGUUGUGACAUGGUUUUAGUGGCUGUUGUCUCAGGAACACCUGAAUUUAGAAGCAAGUGCUUCACACCAUCUGGAAGCCUGACAUUUUGGUUUUCAUAGGGCAUAAUGCAGUCAUUUCUUUAAUUUUUAGCUGCUAAAAUCAUAAUGUGAAGGAAGGUGAUGGGAACAUUUUAAGGUCCGUCAUCUUGUUCCCUGUUAAGCCUAGAAACAACUUAGUGCCCUACUGUGUUAUGCCCUGCUGCUGUCAGCCUCUGAAGUGCCAUCUCUGUUGUUACUCUGGAUAUUUGGGGAGCUGUCUGGCCUCAGGUACUCUGGCAAUACUGUUUUGAGCACAAGAUUUAUUAACAUCAUUGCAGUUCUCUGUAAAAAUGACAGAUUAAUUUCUGCAUUACUCCUUUGCCAUAUUAGUUCACCAGGAGCGGUCAGAGGAGAGGAAGGAUAACUUCCAUAGAUUUGAUGACAGUGCAGGUUUCAUGCUAGAAGGUGGAUUGAUGAAAGGAUGGCUUUCUUCUCCCCCCAUGCUCCUCUAGUGAUGAAUGUAGUUUUGGAAAUCCCAGUCCAGGGUCUUCUUGGCCAGAGAAGGAUUAGCCUGCAGGGGCAUACAGUCAUGGAGUCACAGAAUGGUUUGGGGAGGAAGGGAGCUUUAAAGGUCCCGUGGGCAGGGACAUCUUCCAUUAGAUCAGGUUGUUCAAAGCCCCAUCCGACCUGGCCUUGAACACUUCCAAUGAUGGGACAUCCGCAACUUCUCAGGGCAACCUCUUCCAGUGUCUCACCACCCUAAUCAUAAAUAAUUUCUUUAAAUCUGCCCUCUUUUAGUUUAAAACCAGUGCGCCAGGUAAAAAGUCACCGUCUUUCUUCCAAGCCCCCUUUAAGUAGUGGAAGGCUGCAAUAAGAUCUCCCUAGAACCUCCUCUUCUCCAGGCUGAACAAACCCAACUCUCUCAACCUGUCCUCACAGGAGAGGUGUUCCAGCCAUCUGGCCAUUUCCGUGACCCUCCUCUGGACCCGCUGCCACAGGUCCAUGUCUUUCUUGUGCUGGGGGCCCCAGAGCUGGACACACUACUCCAGGUGGGGUCUCACUAGAACAGAGUAGAAGGGCAGAAUCUCCUCCCUUGACCUGCUGGCCAUGCUUCUUUUGAUGCAGCCCAGGAUACAGUUGGAUUUCUGGGCUGCAAGUGCACAUUGCCAGCUCAUGACCAGUUUUCAUCCAUCACUAUCCCCAAGUCCUCUGCAGGGCUGCUCUGAAUCUAUUCAUCCCCGAGCCUGUACUGAUACUGGGGAUUUCCCCAUCCCAGGUGUAGGACCUUGACUUGGCCUUGUUGAGUUUAAUGAGGUUCACAUGGGCCCACUCCUCAAGCCUGUUCGGGUCCCUCUGGAUGGCAUCCCUUCUCUCUAGCAGAUCAGCUGCACUGCUCAGCUUGGUGUCAUCCCCAAACUUGCUGAGGCUACACUCAGUCCCACUGUCUAUGUCGUUAAUAAAAUUGAAUAGUAUUGGUACCAAUACAGACCACUUGGUACCAAUCUCCAUUUGGACAUUGAGCCAUUGACUGCAAUUCUUUGUAUGCAGCCGUCCAGCCACUUCCUUAUCCAUCGAAUAGUCCAUCCAUCAAACCCGUAUCUCUCCAGUUUAGAGGCAAGGAUGUGUGGGACCAUGUCAAAGGCUUUACAGAAGUCAAGGCAGAUGACAUCAGUUGGUCUUCCCCUUAUCCACCAAUCCAUCACAGAAGGCCUCCAGACAGGCGCAAUUUGCCCUUUGUGAAGCCAAGUUAGCUGUCUCUAAUCACCACCCUGCCAUCCAUAUGCCUUGGCAUAGCUUCCAGGAGGAUCUGUUCCAUGAUCUUACUGGACACAGAGGUGAGGCUGACUGGUAGUUCCCCUUUUUACCUUUUUUUAAAAGUGAGUGUGAUGUUUCCCUUUUUCCCAUCACUGGGGGCUUCGCCUGACUGGCAUGACUUUUCGGACAGGUAGAGUGGCUUAGCAACUACAUUUGCCAGCUACGUGGCAACUACAUCUACUUGUAUUAUGGCUGGAGAGACUACAUUUUAAGUAUUUUCAUCUUUUCUCACCUUUAAUGUAUGUUACUAGGAAAACUACAGCUCAGUUAACAAGAGGUAGGCAGCUGGUUGCCAUCCGAGGUCUCCAUGGCCUUGAGAAGUCUACAGAGUUAUGCUACAUGUUAUUUUAAAUAAAACGUUUCAUCCCUGACAUGUGAUGAUACUAGCAGCAACAAACAUUGAUGUUUUGUUAGUCUGAGAACCUUAGGAACCCCUAUGCCACAAAUUUCAAGGGAGUUUAGCCUGCUCUCUUUUCCAUCAGACAUCCAGCAGACCCAGCAAACAUUUUACAUGGAAAUUUGAAAGUGUGUCUGCAACAAUGGCUGGGUAAGAAAGCGGCCAAAACAGUAAUUUACAGUCUCUGAAUACCUCUAUCUUUUAAAUCAUACCGAAAGCCAGAGCGUUACAAUCCCCCUCUCAUUUCAGAUAUGUCUGUCCCUUAUCUCUACAGUCACUGUAGUUUAUUUGAUCAAGCCCUCAGGAAUGAGUUGUGUGUAUUAAAAAUACAAGCCUUCCCAUCAUUUAUUUGAAUCAGUUGUGUUUGCUUCAUGCUGGUACUUUAGGCCGUUUGUACAGUAUGUGUAGGAAGUUGCCAUUUAUGUAUCUAGCUUAUAAAUAAGUAGUUGCAAGGUAAUUUCUCUUAAGAAAACUAUUUUAAUUGUAGAAACAGCUGUUCAUAAGGACUGUCCGACAUUUAUUUUGUAUCCAGGUACCUGGAAAAGUCCUGAAGAUUUUAUGACUGGUGAUUCUAAGAGUUUUACCAAAUGAUAAAAAUUUCAGCUUCAAAAAAAAGACCAGGUCUUAAUUCCCUGAAGUCAGAUCUUCAGGCAGAACCCAUCAGUUGGCUCCGCCUUUGCUCUAGAGUUUUAGAUUUCAUAUCUCCCUAUGCAGAUCUGAAGGAAUUUUCAGUUACUGAUAGCGUCUGUCCUCAGGCCAUCUUUAUUUUUCCCAUUAGAAAUGUGUCUGCAGCAGCACCAAGUGGACCAAAUCAAAAAGUGAGGGGUGACCUAGAGUAGGGCUUCCAUCUCUAUAGCUACCCAACGCUAAUUAGCCAUGACUCUUGCAACAGAGAGGACCAGAGGGCCAGAGGCUGAGAGGAGACUCCUGUUUCAGAAAAGAAGUAGUGGUUUGUGUUUGCACUGUCUUUCAGAACACCUGCAGAAUGCUGGCACUGGAAAAUAAUGAGCCUGAUCAUUAUGGGGUCUCAAAUUAUAAAUUUUCCAGUGAUCAAUUUUUAUUGCUGGCAUAAAAUUAAAAUCCUUUUCAUACAGGAUAUGGACGUCUGGGUCAUGUCAAGGGCAUGGAUGGUUUUGUGGCCUUAAAAUGAAGCAUCACAACAGUGACUUGCUAAGAAGACAACUGGGAUGAUGAGGAGUGAAACCUGUAAAAAAAGAAAAAAGUCUUUAGAGCAACAGCAGAAUCAAGCAUCAGUGGUAAACUUGGCUGUGCUGUCAAAAACGUGAUCUGGGCUACUGAAAGAAGUUUUGACAUAAUGGAAUGAGAAAAUAAAUACCACUGGUAAUGA